UAAUAUUAUAAUUAAGAACAUCUCCGAUUUCUUGGACGGUGGUGGUGGCAAAGAGUUGUGGCUAUAAAAGAAAAAAGAAGAGCCAAAAGGUAAUAAAUAAAAAGCUAUAAAAAUGGGUCUAACUCCAAGAAUAUUUUCAUUUCUCUCUCUCACAUUGCUGCUGCUGAUACCGAUUACAACAAUGGCCGAGCGUGUUCCGGAAAAGAAACCUGAUCAAUCAUCAUCAUCAUCAUCAGAAUCAGAAUCGGCGGUUCACAUCGUAUAUGUGGAGCGACCCCAAGAUAUGGAGCCUGAGGCUUUCCACAUCCAAACCCUAGCCUCCGUCCUCGGCAGUGAAGAGGCUGCAAAGGAGGCUCUGAUAUAUAGUUACAAGACAGCAGCUAGUGGAUUCUCUGCUAAGCUUACACCCCAACAAGUUUCCCUCAUUGCAAAACUACCAGGUGUUCUUCAGGUUGUCCCAAGCCGGACACUGCAGCUGCAUUCGGGACCCGGGAGGCUGCAUUAAAGGAUAUGAAACUCCUGCACCUAGUAUACAUAUCUCUCAAACAGUUGUCUCGUGUAUAAACCAGUCUGCCCUAUGUGCUGUCCUGUGUGGCAUAGGAGCUUUCACCUAAAUAAGGUUUAACUUUUGGAUUUAAGCUGUAAAAUACUCUCGUGUGAUUACUUAUGCAGGUUAUAUAUAUAUGACAUAAAAAAGAUAAGUUGUUUUGGUGUUCCUAA